UUACACCAGAAAUCUUUCUGGGCUUCAUCAAAGGACCACGACACACCCGAACACAAUUCCCGCUCGCCAGCGUUCAACAACCCACGAUACGCCAUGAUGGCGGUCAUCCUCUCCUUUCUGCUGGCCAUCUUCGGUCUCCUUCACAUCAGCAAUGCGCAUACAGUUCUGUUGCGGGCGCAUUCCCGCGAGUGCUUCUUCGAGGACCUUCACACCGAUGACCAGAUGACGGUCACUUAUCAAGUCUCUGACCGAGAGUCUGGCCCCGUUGGAAACCUUCACAUCGACUUCUGGGUCCAACUUCCAAAUGGCUACUACCAAAUCAAAGACCAGGGUUCUGGCUCAGGCGAUUACUCCUUCACCGCACCUCAAGACGGCAGAUAUGAAUACUGUUUCAGUAACGAGGCUUGGGCUUCAUACACCAAGGAAGUUGCUUUCAACGUUCACGGUGUUGUCUACGUCCCCGCGAGCGACAUAACCGCCGACCCACUCGAGAACGCAGUCAAGACCUCCUCAGACCUUCUCGGCCUGAUCCGCGACGAGCAGUCCUACAUAGUCGUCCGCGAGCGCACUCAUCGCAAUACUGCCGAGAGCACCAACUCGCGAGUCAAGUGGUGGAGCAUCUUCCAGCUAGCCGUGCUGCUGGGCGAGGGUGUAUUCCAGGUGUGGUGGCUGAAGCGCUUUUUCGAGGUCAAGCACAUAGUCUGAAGGACCAAGCUGGACAAAUUUUGGAUGCACCCGGUUUGCCGCCUCUGUGCCC